AUGGAGAGAAAAUCCGAUUCUAAUGCUAAUCGCAUUUAUGAAGAAUUCGAUCCAAUCUCUAAUUGGAAAUCUGAACAGGGAUUUGAAACUCUUACUGUUUAUCUUCCAGGGUUUAGGAAAGAGCAACUUAAAGUGCAAGUAACCACAACGAGGAAGGUGAGAGUGAUGGGAGAACGUCCUGCAGGAGCCAACAAAUGGAUCCGUUUUAGCAAGGAGUUUCCUAUCCAAGCAAACAUCGAUACCGACUCCAUCGCUGCCAAAUUCGAAGGCGCAAAUCUUGUACUGAAGCUCCCUAGAACCGAGCCAAUAAGCAAACAAACUUCUCCCAUUGGUACAACCGCAAAACCUGCUCCGGUUCCUAAGGAAACAGAGAAGAUUCAACCACCAAAUCCAACAAGAGAGAAAGAACCAGAACUACAGAAACAAACCGAGAAGGUUCAGUUGCCGCCAAAGGCAUCAAGAGAGGAAGAAGAAGCUUGUAAAGAUGCAAAGGAAAAUGUAUGUGAUGGAAUACAUAACCAAGACUAUAGAAUUAAUGUGAAUGCAUACAAAGAGAAUCUUGGAGGAUAUGUUGCAUUGAUGAAGGAUAACAAGAAAGCAAUCACAAUUGGUAUGGUUGCUCCUGCUGCUGCGGUUCUGUUGCUGUCGAUUGGAUUCUAUGCUGGUCAAAUGUUUCAUUCUUAA